AUGUCGGCGCCAAGUGAGCGAACGGCGCUUCUGAAACAGUUUGCCUCAGCGAUCGGCAGUGGCACACCUGAGACGCGGUUACCGCCGAGCCAAACCUCGUUCCAGGCUGGUGCUUCUGGUGCACCAGCCGCAGGGACGCUGCCAACACCCAAUGAGAUCAAGUUAGACCUCUCUCAACCGGCUGCACUGGGCGCUGGAACCACAGGUCCAGCGCAUGUUUCCGGGCUAGUAGCACCGAGCGCUGCUGGCGGUGGUGUCGGGAACCCGUCUGGGGCGGCGCCGACGCCGACGAUGCCGCUGCCUCGCAAAACCGGCCUCCGACAUCGUGCACGUCUCGAGCGGGAGGAACCUCUGCGCGAGAAAGCAGCACUUGGCUUUGUUGGUCGGUUAUCCACAUACUGCACGUGCACAACGUAUGACUUGCGGGCGCUGUACGCAGCGCUGCAGCAGAUAACUUCGAAAGCCAACUUGACGGUACGGCGUCUAUCGCGAGACCUGCUUCUGCUCCAGAGGCGCCCAAGUCGACGCCGUAUUGGCGCUAUUCGAGAACUUCUCCGAUCCGGGGAAGACGCUCGAGGGAGCAGGCUCCCUUGUGGUAACGAUAGAUCCGGUGACGAACACACCGAGAUGUUGCCAACAACAGCAUCCCCGCCAAACGAUCAGCAGAACCGAGCAGGUCUCGCGAGGCAGCGCAUGAAUCGCACCAUGGACCCGUCGUGGAGAACGAUGGACGCAGAGGAGGCGCUGGACCCGAGCUUUGCGCUUGACGAUAACCAAGAAGUGGAAGAUGUUGUCGCUGGCGCUGCUAUCUUUUUCUUCUCGUAUGGUACCCUCGUGUGUUGGGGAUUAUCCGAAGCUGGCGAAUGGGGCAUUUUAGACUGGCUCCAAGCGUUUGAAAACGGUCAGUUAUCACCUGCGGAAAUGGAGAAAGAAUUCUUCACCUACACUUAUAGUUACGAGGCAGAUAAGGCCCGAAUCAAGAACGACAACAUCAUGCUCCCGGGGGCGUUGGUCGAGCGCUCUCAGCUCGUUGGCAUGCGAAUCGCAGCACCUCCAGCGGCGAUUUUAGAUCCAAACGCUGAAGCGGAAAACGAAUGGACGCAACUAGAGGAGGCCGACCUCAGCGACGAAGAGUUGGUUCAGGUCCAAGCGGGUAUCUCGCACGCACUGGCCCAGUCUUGCAAGCUGGGCUCCUUCGAGAACAGUGUCGAUCUUCUGAUUGAGCGCUGUGGCAAUGUGCCACUGGACCUGGUGCGUUUCGGCGAACUUCGGCUAGGUGCUCGCGAUGUCAUGCGCAUGAGCGGCGAGGUACACUUGUACAGAAGCUACUUUAAUCUCCAGACAGAUUUGCUAGGAACACCGGAUUGGUUUUGGGAGAAUGAAGAGGUCGAACCGCUCUAUGAGCGAACAGCUCGCUGGUUGGAUACCGAAAAAAGGGGUCAACUCCUGAACCAACGGCUCGAAAUCCUCAAGGAUCUGUUUAUGCUUUUCCGUGAUGAAGUUCACGUUCGAACCGAGCAUCGAUUAGAGUGGAUCAUCAUUAUUCUCAUCGUUGCAGAGGUGCUUUUGCAGCUCUUAGCCAUGGCGCUUGGCGCCGCCCAGAGCACAGCGUAA